UGUAAUAUUAUAUCCCCAAUGUGCGCGAAUCCCGGAUCUUUACUUGCACCAUCGACGGACUAGCGGAAGCGCGACGACAACCAUAAUAUACACCUUGCACGGAUAAGCCGAUCUUCGCCAUGGCGAUCGCGCGACUCGUUCUGCUCAUCGUCGCCGCGGCUGCCUCGAUCGAGGCUAAGGCGAUCGGCAGCAAACCGCCGUCCGAGGAGACGCAGCUGUUCUUCACCCACAACGGGACCCUCGUGCGGAUGGCGGUGCGCGACGGCCACGCGAGAAAGGCCGUGGUGGUGGGCGAGGAGGUGACGGAUUACGCCCUGGACGAGGUGCGCGACCGCAUUUUCUGGGUAGCCAAGAACGGAAGCGUCUUCGUCCGGCCGAUCGGGGGCUCGUCGUCGGCCAGCCAGCCGGUGUUUGCGUCCCCAUCUUUGGGCGCCGGGGUGAGAAUCGCCUGCGACUGGCGCACCGACAAGCUGUACUUGACCAGCCACGAAGGGAGGAGCGUCAUGGCGCUGGACCUCAAGAACACAGGGCCAUACCAUCGUUGGCACGUCGUGCUCGAGCACGGCCACCUGGCCAAGGUCCAGAGGAUCAGCCUCGACCCGGCCAUGGGGGCCAUGUUCGUCCAGCUCGACGACGGAAACUGGACCGAUUUGUACCGGUACAACAUGGACGGUACCGAUCGGCAUUUGGUUAUGCGCAAGGAGAGCCCGCAGCACUACGACUAUGACUUUGAGACGAAAAAGUUGCACCACAAUAGCGGCGAGAUAGCUGCCGACGGCAACCAAUUCUACUUGAAGUACCACACAGACGACAGAUCGUACAAGGUGAUCCGAGCGUACGGUCCGAAGCGAGGGCGGGAGGUGCUCGCCUUCCUGGACGCCUUUGACACGGACGACGUCAGGAACCUGAGGGUGUACCGUCGCUCGGUCAAGAAAUACGUUCUGGUGGAUCCGUGCGAGAACAACGGGGAGUGCGGUACGGAUGCCAUGUGCCUGCUGAAGAUCACCUGGCCGGGCAAGAGUUGCAACCCUUACAGCAAGGCCGAGACGCGCAGCCGGAUAGCCCGGCAGAUACCCUUCGACAUGUACUCCCAGCAGCCGACCCUCAGACCCGAGCCCCAGCCCACCCAGCCAGACAACUCGUACCUGCCCGUUUACCUCUCCAUCAUUGGAUAG